AUGUCGAGACAAAGGUCUAAAUAUGAAGCAGAUUUAUCUGUGUCGGUAGUAUCUUUGAUUUCAAGUUUACUUGGAUAUAUUAAAUGUGGUACAAUUAUUGUUGUUCUUUUUGUGUUUUUCUUUCGAAAAUCAUUGUUCUAUUUUAGAGGUAAUCAACAUGACGAUACAGUGUCAAACAAAGAUUUAAAAAGUUCUCCAGAAAUAAAUUUUCCUGGAUUGAGAAAUGCAAAUGAGGAGGUUUUCAAAAGAAGGCGUGAUGGAACUAUUGAUAGUGAAAUUCCUUUACAUAAUUUUCAGCUAGAAAGUGAUUUAGAAAAAACAGAGAACAAGACAAAUAAACUUUUAACAGUAAACAAGACACAUGGAACUGUUAAUAAACCAGAAGUAACAGUGAUGAAUGAGACACAAGCAAAUGCUCAUAAAUCAGAAGAAACAGUGAGCAAGAUACAAGAAAUUGACCAUAACCCAGAAGUACGGUUGAACACAAAUCAGAAACCUGACAAUAAAUUCAUGGACAAGGCACAAGAACAUGCAGUUAAAUCAGGAGACCGAAAACAGUCAAUAAACAGCCAACAAGAUAAAUUUAAUGAAGAAACAUGUCUACAUAAAUUAGGAAAGGAAGUGUUUGAAGGUAAGGUUGGUGGAUCAGUUGAAAGUCAUUCCAUUUUCGAAACUGAAACUUGGCAUAAAAUAAUGGAAAGUCUGACAAAUCGCCAAGAGAUGAUAAACAAAUUACUGAAUAACGAGGCAGAUAUUGAUCAGUUCAGAGACAAAGAAACAUCUCGCUUGCAUGUUGCUUGUUUCUUGAAUAAUACAGAGAUAGUAAAGAUAUUACUGGAUAAUAAGGCAGACAUUAAUAAGUGUGAUGAUACCGGUGCCACUCCUCUGGUUAUUGCUUGCCUGAAAAAUCAUAAAGAGGUAGUUAAACUUUUACUUGACAAUAAGGCAGAUAUUAAUAAGUGGGAUGGUAAUGGAGCAACUGCUUUGUAUAUUUCUUGUCAGAAUAAUUAUAAAGAGAUAGUGAAACUAUUGCUCGACAACAAGGCAGACAUCAAUAGAUGUGCAAAUAAUGGAGCAUCUCCUCUGAAUGUGGCUUGUCAGAAUGAUUAUGUAGAGCUAGUUAAGAUGUUGUUGGAAAACAAGGCACACAUUGAAAAGUGUGAUGGCAAUGGGGCUACUGCAUUGUAUAUGGCAUGUCAGAAUAAUCAUAUAGAGAUAGUGAAACUAUUGCUUGACAACAAGGCAGACACUAAUGCGUGUGAUGGUCUCGGAGGGCCAUUGUAUAUUGCUUGUCAGAACAAUCAUACAGAGCUAGUGAAAGUUUUACUUGAAAAUAAGGCAGACAUUAAUAAGUGCAGAGAUAAUGGUGCAUCUCCUUUGAAUGUUGCUUGUCAGAAUAAUCAUAUAGAGACAGUAAACAUACUAUUGGCUAACAAGGCAGACAUUAAUAAGUGUAAUGACAAUGGGGCUACUGCUUUGUAUAUGGCAUGUCAGAAUAAUCAUAUAGAGAUAGUGGAACUAUUGCUCGACAACAAGGCAGACAUUAAUGCGUGUGAUGAUCUCGGGGGCCCAUUGUAUAUUGCUUGUCAGAAUAAUCAUAUAGAGUUAGUGAAUGUGUUACUGGAGAACAAGGCAGACAUCAAUAAAUGUGCAAAUAAUGGAGGAUCCCCUUUGACUGUGGCUUGUGUGUCUGAUCAUAUAGAGAUUGUAAAGGUGUUAUUGGAAAACAAGGCGGACAUUAAUGAAUGGGACGGUAAUGGAGCUACUGCUUUGUAUAUGGCAUGCCAGAAUAAUUAUAAAGAGUUAGUCAAACUAUUACUGGAGAACAAGGCAGACAUCAAUAAAUGUGCAAAUAAUGGAGGAUCCCCUUUGACUGUGGCUUGUGCAUCUGAUCAUAUAGAGAUUGUAAAGGUGUUAUUGGAAAAUAAGGCGGACAUUAAUGAAUGGGACGGUAAUGGAGCUACUGCUUUGUAUAUGGCAUGCCAGAAUAAUCAUAAAGAGUUAGUCAAACUAUUACUGGAGAACACGGCAGACAUCAAUAAAUGUGCAAAUAAUGGAGGAUCCCCUUUGACUGUGGCUUGUGUGUCUGAUCAUAUAGAGAUUGUAAAGGUGUUAUUGGAAAACAAGGCGGACAUUAAUGAAUGGGACGGUAAUGGAGCUACUGCUUUGUAUAUGGCAUGCCAGAAUAACCAUAAAGAGUUAGUCAAACUAUUACUGGAGAACAAGGCAGACAUCAAUAAAUGUGCAAAUAAUGGAGGAUCCCCUUUGAAUGUGGCUUGUGUAUCUGAUCAUAUCGAGAUUGUAAAGGUGUUAUUGGAAAACAAGGCGGACAUUAAUAAAUGGGACGGUAAUGGGGCUACUGCUUUGUAUAUGGCAUGCCAGAAUAAUCAUAAAGAGAUAGUCAAACUAUUACUGGAGAACAAGGCAGACAUUAAUGCGUGUGAUGAUCUCGGGGGCCCAUUGUAUAUUGCUUGUCAGAACAAUCAUACAGAGCUAGUGAAAGAUUUACUUGACAAUAAGGCAGACAUUAAUAAGUGCAGAGAUAAUGGAGCAUCUCCUCUGAAUGUGGCUUGUCAGAAUAAUCAUAUAGAGACAGUAAAGAUAUUAUUGGCUAACAAGGCAGACAUUGAAAAGUGUGAUGACAAUGGGGCUACUGCUUUGUAUAUGGCAUGCCAAAAUAAUCAUAUAGAGAUAGUAAAAGUGUUACUGGAGAACAAGGCAGACAUCUAUAAAUGUACAAAUAAUGGAAGAUCUCCUUUGACUGUGGCUUGUGUGGCAAAUCAUAUACAGAUUGUAAAGGUGUUGUUGGAAAACAAGGCAGACAUUGAUAGGUAG